AUGUCCGAACACCAGUACAAGUUCAACGUCGCCAUGAGCUGUGGCGGCUGCUCUGGCGCCGUUGAGCGGGUCCUCAAGAAGCUGGAGGGUGUCAAGAGCUUCGACGUCAAUCUCGAGUCGCAGACCGCGAACAUCACUACCGAACCGACCGUUUCGUACGAUACCGUGCUGGCCACUAUCAAGAAGACCGGCAAGACCGUGAACAGUGGUGAGGCGGAUGGCAAGAUUAUGAGUGUUUGA